UCGCUGCUCCUGCCCGGGCCCCCGCCCCCGCCCCGCGUGUUCCGCAGCUCUAGCGCCCCCGCCCGCCUUCUCCCGACCAGCAGACCUUGCCCGCCGUCUCCUCUUGAAAGCUGCUCAGACCUGCUGGUCCCCACCGUGCCUGCUGCCUUUUAAAUUCUUUACGCACACGCUGGAGUCGUCGUCCUUCAGCAUGGAAGGCCCUUUCAUCAGCUGUUAAUCACAGCAGCAGCGUCUCUUGACUGAGCGUUUCUAUGUGCAGGACGCUAUCUGAUUCAUAGCACGUGAGCCCAGGUUUCAUCCCCAUUAUACAGACGAGGAAACUGAAGCUGAGAAUCAUUAAGAGAUUUGCCCCAAAACUGAAUUCUUUUCGAGAUUCCAGCUGUUUUUGAGGUCUUGUCAUCUUCUGCUUCCUGACACCUACCUUGAACUCCAGCCAAACUGAACUACUCUUCUCUCCAGAGAGACACCUGGGUUUGUUCUCGACAAGUCCUUAUACCUGGAACGCUGUCUCUCCCCCCAAUGCCAUCAUCUUCUUCAUCCCCUGGUCUUGGACAGUGACAUCAACACCUGUGUCUCACCUGGAGCAGGCCCGCCUGUGAUGGCACCAAUCAGUCUGUCCUCAAGAAAUUCCUCCUGUCUGGGGCUUACCUGAUAGAAGCCCCUCUUGAAUGGUGGACCUCUCAGAGGCAGGGACAGCACUUUCAACUCUGCUCAGCCCAAUCUUCAGUUUCGGAGAUGGACCCCAGGCCCUGGCCUGUGCUGGGAGUAGUGUGGUGAACUUUGAGAUCAGCAAGUCCUCUAAGUGUGCCAGCCUGUACCUGCCUUAGCAUCCUGGCACUGGCUGCUCCCUUUGCACGUGGCUGUCUUCCCAUCAUUUAGGGCUCAGUUCACAAGAGAGCACCUCAAGGGAACUUUUCUUGAUGCACCCACAUCACUUUAUAUUCUUUAUUCCACUAUCUUAUUUUCAGAGCAGUUGACUGCCUGAAAUCCUUAGGUGUUUGUUUACAGUAAUUUAUGGAGGGUGAGGCACAAUAUAAAUAAAUAAAUAAUGUUAGGUGAUAAUAACAUGUUACGCAAAAAACAACAGGCUAAGAGAGACAGAGAUAAGGGGACAUGUGAGCAGAGACCUGAAGGAAAUAAGGCAUGGUCUGUACGGAUAUCUGGGGGAAGAGCCUUCCAGAUGGAACAGCAAGUGAAAAGGCCCUGAUGUGGGAGCAUGCUUGCCCUGCUUGUGGAACAGUAAGGAAGUGACUGUGCGAAGGAGGCAUGGGGACAGGCAGUUUGGUUUUUCAGGGCUUUGUAGGCUUUGGUUGAGGACUUUGGUUUUAAAUCUGAGUGAGAUGGGGAGUCACUAUGGGUUCUGAGUAGUGAAAGUGAAAGUAGCUCAGUGGUUUCUGACUCUUUGCAACCCCAUGGACUAGUGCAUGGAAUUCUCUAGGCCAGAAUACUGGAGUGGGUAACCUUUCCCUUCUCCAGGGGAUCUUCCCAACCCAGGGAUGGAACCCAGGUCUACUGCAUUGCAGGUGGAUUCUUUACCAGCUGAGCCACAAAGGAAGCCCAAGAAUACUGGAGUGGGUAGCUUAUAUGCGCCACUUUUAAAAAGGAUCAUUCUGACUGCUGGUGGAAUAUAGGCCGUGGGGGACAAGGAUGGAAGCUCUCCUAAGGGUGACUAAUUUUUCCUAGUUUACCUGGCAUUUCCCUGAUUUUAGCAUCAAAAUUCCUAUGUCCUGGAAACUCCCUCAAUCCCAGGCAAUCAAGGACGGCUGGUCACACUAUAGGGGGAGACCAGGUGAGAGAGGAUGGUGCUUGCGCUAGAGUGAUGGUGAUGGCACACUGGUCAGAGUCUGGGUAUGUCUUGAAAGCACAGCCUAAAGAUUUUGCUACUGGAGUGAAUGUGGGUGUGAGAGAAUGAAGAGCAUCAAGGAUGACUGUCAGGUUUUUGGCUUGAACAACUGAAAGAAGUUGCCAUUUACAGACAGGAGGAAGGCUGGCUUAGGUAUUGGAAGAUGGGCCAUCAGGAGUUUGGUUUUGGACGAGGUAGUUUGAGGUAACUUAAUAGACUGGCUAGGAGGUAUGUCAGUCAGGCUUUUGGGUAUAUGAGUCAAAUUUGGAGAAAUGAUCUGGGCUGGAGGUAUAACAGUGAGAGUUGACAGUGUAGCUAUGAUAUUUAAAGCCGUGAGUCUGGGGGAGAUCACUGAGGGAAUGAAUGUGGAUAGAGGGCUGAGGACUGAGUCCUAGGGCAGCUGACAUUUAGAGACCAGGGAAAAGAAGGCACACUAGCAAAGGAGACUGAAAAGCAGGAGCCAGUAAGGAGAGCCCAGAUUAAGUGGAACCAGGAGAGAAAUCUAUGCUCAUUAUCCCCAAGUGCCAUGCUGAAGGCUUAAAGAGGGAAGUAAUUAGAUGGUGCCAAGAAGCCAAUCUAAGCUUAGUGGUGCAACCUACAUGGAGGCUGACUUGGGUUUAGUUAGCUUUCUGAGCUGCCCGUAACCUCAGGAGGCGUGAGCAAGUCCCUGACCCAAGCAGUUCUAAGGAUUACUGGUGCAUAGAGGAGAUCUGCUUCUAGGACUCAAGCAUCUGCUGGGAGUUGGACUAGACAGCUCUCAAAGUGCCUUCAAACUGGACAUGGUGAAAUUCUGGGAGCUGAUGGAAACAACUGUCUGUCACAGAGUAUGGGGUGUUGGGCUGAGCCUUGAAGGAUAAGCAGUGUGGGUGUCACUGUACUUUGGAUUCCUGGGGCUGUGUUCUGUGGUAACUGGCAGCUGCAUUCUCUUUCUGCACUGGAGGAAGAACCUGCGGCGGGAAGAGCGUGCCCAGGAGUGGGUGGAGGUGAUGAGAGCAGCCACAUUCACCUACAGCCCGCUGUUGUACUGGAUUAACAAGCGACGGCACUAUGGCAUGAACACAGCCAUCAAUACUGGCCCUACCCCUGCUGCCACCAAGACUGCGACUGACGUCCAGAGUUCAGAUCGCCCCUGGGAGCUGGAUGUCCCUGAGAGCAGGAGCUAUGCUGCUCAAGACAGCAGCCCCAAGGUGGAGGCCUCUGGCCCCCUGCAACCUGCAGUGCAGCCUCCCCCACAGCAGCCCCUACCUUCUUCCCCAAUGCUGCGGCCCCAGGCCAGCUCCCCAUUCCCAAUUCCCAUCUUUCAGGAGGUGCCCUUUGCCCUCUCCCUGUGUAACCUACCCCCGAUGCUGAACCACUCCGUCUCCUACCCUUUGGCCACCUGUCCUCAAAGGAAUGUCCACUUCAGUUCCCUCCCCACAAUGGCCCAGGGGGACCACUGCUUGAGUGCCAAGCCCUUUGCUUCAGAACUGUAG